AUGUCUUUUUCCACAGUUGACGUCCUUAUCAUUGGCGCAGGUCCUGCAGGUCUUAUCAGUGCAUACAACCUCUCCCAGGCUGGGCUUCACCUUCGUAUUGUUGACAAGAAGCCCAAACGCCUUGAAAAAGGACAAGGCGAUGUCUUUCAAAUAAGAGGAAUGGAGAUUGUCGAUAGUCUUGGACUAGCCUCGCCGAUUUUAGAAGGCGCCCAACGAUGCUCUCAUACCGCGGCCUACCAGUCUACCCCUACAAGUAACGGAGAAAUAUCCCUAGUCGCCAGGAAGAGUGCUGUCGAGGGUGUGGAUACCAACAUGCCGUUCAUGGGGAUGUUCCCUCAGAGCUCCUUGGAGGGCAUUUUGCGCGAGGCAAUUGCCUCUGGUCGAAAGCAUAUACCCAGCGCGACGUUUUUGCCACAGUCUCAGUCACUAGGAAAUCCGACCAAACUAUCAGUCGAGCAGGGCGUAUUCCCUGUGAAGAUGAAGGUUGAAAGCACCUCUAUUAACGAACGCUAUCCAGUUGUCGUGAGCUUGAAGCACCCUAAUGGAGAGAUAGAAACCGUACGAGCCCAGCACCCGCUCGGUUGUGAUGGAGCACAUUCAUGGAUUCGUGCUCAAUUGGGGAUCCAGAUGGUCGGAGAAACCUCUGACCAGGUUUGGGGUGUUAUAGACGGGCAUGUUGAUACGGACUUUCCUGAUGUUCGUUCAAUGUGCUCAUUCGACAACAAUGGUCGACACGGGGUUCUGGUCCCAAGAGAAGCUGACACGGUGCGGUUUACAAUUCAGCUCUCGGAAUCGGAUGUUUCCGUCGACCCUGAAACCGGACGUGUUGACCGGACCAAGGUUGGAGCAGACAGAAUGAUAGAGAUCGUCAAGGACAUGAUGAAGCCAUAUCGUGUCGAUUUUGAUCAAGAAAUCCACUGGUCGGGUGUUUACGUGAUUGGACAGAGGCUGGCAUCGAGAUAUCAAGACGAGAACAGCAGGGUAUUUAUAAUCGGAGACGCUUGUCACACUCAUUCGCCCCAUGCCGGGCAAGGGAUGAAUGCCGCCAUCAAUGAUGCACACAACUUAUCAUGGAAGCUCGUACAUGUGCUCAAAGGCUGGGCCACACGAGACUUGCUAAACACAUACGAGUCGGAGCGCCGUGGAUUUGCAGUUAAGCUCAUUGAGCUCCACGAACGAAUUGCAGAAUUCAUGUCGGGGAGAGCGCUGGAGGGUACGUUUGACGACUUUAUGGCCAGUUCGAUGAAGUUUGUGUGCGGUGUCGGUACACACUACCCAGGCUCUAUAGCAGUCGACCCAUCUAAUCAGGCACUAGCUCCGGGCAUUGUUAUCGGAGAGCGCUUCCCCCAUCAUAUCAUCCUCCGUACAGCCGACCUGCAGCCAUAUUCUACCCUCGACCUACUCAAGUCCGACAACAUCUACAAGCUCAUCAUUUUAACAGGAGACGCCAAAGAUACGAACCAGAAACAGAAAUUAGAAGAAGCAGGGAAAACGUUGAACCACUGGCUCCUCCAACGCCCGAGGAUGUUCCAGAUAUAUACAAUCAUGGUGGCAAAGAAGGAAACUGCGAGCUAUACUGAUAUCCCAGAGUCUCUACGACCUUACUGGGAUACAGUCUUUCUCGACGACGCGGGAUAUGCGGCGCAGGCAGGGGGCGGAAAGGCUUAUCAGACUUUCGGGGUUGGGCCGGAAGGGUGUGUAGCGCUCGUCAGACCCGACGGGCAUGUUGCGGCGCUAGCUCCUCUUGAAGCAGGGCAGAUUCUCGAAGCUCUAUGUUCUGUGAGGGUGCCGCUCGCCAACUGA